UGACCCAAUAGCGAACGAGCAGGCUAGAAGCAACAAAUUGUUGUUGCCGUGGUGGGAAUAUUACACCACCAUGCUUGUCCGUUCGGAUGGUUCAGAGGUUUUUGCUCUGACAAACUGAUUUCCAUCACUAAUUGAUCGUCGCCGAGGAGGAUCGUUCCUCAUCUUCAGCGACGACGUGACGCAGACAAGAUCGCUUGAGAGAGAGAACACGAAAAACAGCGGACGUAUGGAAGGUAGUGACGCGCCCCUUGACGUAGGCCAUUUUACGUAGCAUCGGGACUGAUGAAAGGGCCUGUUCCUUCAGGGGCAAACGCAUUCACUCGCUCUCCCUUUUCACGUAUUCAUUUGAACGGAUCUCAAUCGAAAGCACAAGAUGUUCUUAAUGUGGAAUGAAAGCAGAGAGUAAGAAUAGACUGGUUUAUCUAAAGGAAAAAUCUCUCAUACAAUUGAAUAAGAAAAUUGGAGAUAGAAAUUAUUACGUGACACAAUGGCAAAUGGAAUAGAGAAGAUAGAAAUCCUAAAGAUUGAGCAGUGUAGUGAUGAUUUAAUUGAGGAUGAAACCAAUGGGAUCAUGUUUGAUAUGGACCUCUCACAAGAUGAAUCUUUAGUUGUGACUGACAGUGCAGCCAUUGACGAAAAGAAAAGCGUGGUUAUUUCAAUUGUAACCGAUUAUCAAUGUGUGACAUGUCAACGUAUUUUCCAAUCAAAGGACAUGUUGAAGAAGCAUGUAGACACAUGCAGAGAGGAAGAUGACUCAAACAACAUGCUUGAUAAUAUAGUAAGUUACGAUUCAGAAGAAGAGGAAGAGAAUGAAGAUGAUCCACUUUUAAAUGCUGAAGAUUCGGAUUCUAAGGGCCAAAAAAAUAACAAUGAAAAACCUCUCAUCAAGCCCGUGCUCGAAACACAAUGCCAUUGCUGUGCGGAAGACUUAAAGACGGCCCAUAGCGGCGGACAAUACAAGUGUUCACAUUGUGAUCUCAGCUUCAAGAAAAAAGCAUCUCUGGAAAGACACGAUGUAGUCAUACAUUGGGUAUGCGAUUCGUGCACAUGCAAUGAAUGCGGUUCUCUUUUUCGUGAUAAAAAAGCUUUAAAUAAGCAUCGCUAUACGACACACGGAGAUCGCAAAAUUUUUAAGUGUGUUCCUUGCGACACUUAUUUCUCUCGAAGCUAUCACUUAAAUCGACAUAUAAUGCAAUCUGGUUGUCACGGUAACAUACUUAAUAAAUUCAGUUGUCAAGUUUGCAAGAAAGACUUUACGCGUAAGGAUAACUUGCGGGAACACCUGCGUACUCACGCGGGCACGCCUCAGAGACAAAAGAAGAAAUGCAACUACUGCCCGAAAGAAUUCUUUACGUACCAACAAUUGUUGGUACACGAACGCAUGCAUACGGGAGAGCGACCAGUCCAAUGCGAUUUAUGUCCGAAGACAUUCCUGUCGCCGCUCGCGCUGAAAAAGCAUCGUCGUGUACACACCGGAGAGAAGCCGUUUGAAUGUAAAUACUGUCAGAGAAAAUUUGCCGCUCGCGAAACGCUGAAUCGUCACCUACGGACGCACACGGGUGAAAAACCACAUGUGUGUCAGUACUGUGGCAAAUCGUUUAUUCAAGCAGCGCAAUUAAGAGCACAUGUGUUUCAUCAUACUGGAGAAAAUGGUUUCUACUGUGAUGUGUGCGACAAGGCAUUUAAUCGGAAGGCGCGUUUGAACAUCCACAAGAAGUUCGUACACGAGGGAGCGAUUCCAUUUACGUGUGAAGUCUGCGAUAAGGGUUUCACGCGAAAGGAGGACUUGAUGAAACACAAACUGUUACACACUGGCAUUAAACCGUUCAAAUGCGACAAGUGUUCAAAGGCCUUCUCGGUGAAGUCGUCGUUGCAAGCGCACCUCAACACUCACAGACGCGAACCGCCCCAGUCAUGCGUUGAAUGCAAUAGAGUAUUUAUUCGACAAGAUUGUCUGAUGCGACAUAUUCGGGCGAAGCAUCGGGAACUGUUGGAGGACGUAAUGAACGAGGUCGAGAAGAAACAUUUGCAAACGCAAUUGUAUAACAUCGCAUCGACCGCUGCUGCCAAAAUGAAAACCGGCAAAUCUAGAAGACUCUCCACCGAUGAGUUGUUGAAAGCCAUUGUAGAUCUUUUGAGAUUACUUAUCGAUGAGGAAACAUUACAGCUAUUUGGUUGGCCGGAUGCUCCAAUACAAGACGUCCUCGAGGCUGUAAUUAGAAGAUGCGGACAUGAGCCGAUGACAUCGGAGACCAACAUGGUGUUUACUGAGAGGCUGCGACAAAACGUCAAGCUUCUAUUCACUGUCGUCGUCGACACGGUGAAUGACGAAAUAGUGAAAUCUCUCUUGACAACGAAAACGGUGGACGAUGUCAUUCUUCACGUUUUAGAAAUAUCUAAUCAAAAUUAGGAACAAAAAAAUAUUACACAAGCGACAAUCAUAUUUUUUUGAAUACUU